UCUCAUAAGGACAAAUUGGAAAAGGCAUCAAAGGGGUGCAUAUAAACUAAACGUUUCGGCACUGAUGGAUUUGAUUGAGGUGAAAACACUUCUAGCAGUGCAACGCGCAAACUAACCUUUUAAAUCUGUGUUCAAUAGCUUCACGUUUUCAUCAGCGCAUGGUAAGUGGGCCCCAUGCACUAGCCCUGUGAUUGGUUGGAUUCAGAGACAGUCUACGGAUACUUCCUGGAUGAGAUCAUGGCUGCGACUAAACAAUACAUUUUAAAACUGCUUUUGAUUCAAGCAAGCAGUAACAACGGGUGAUGCUGUACUACAUUUAAACACUUUUAUUUUUUCUCGAUACAUUUCGCUGUCGAACAUAAGCGUCUCGUGUAGAUCGUUGCUUGUCUAUGUAGCCUACUGUUGGAUCUCAAAGUUGCUACAAUGUAACAAGAAGUCAACAUAUCCCAGCGUCCUCCCCUGACACGUCAAAGUGAGGUGAUACCUUGUAGCAUGAUGCCAGUCUAAUUUUCUUGACAAACAACCCGAAAGUUAGUGUACUCCAAGUUGUGACUCCACUUGUGGUUUCUCUGAAUUAUAUCGAUUCGUCAUCAAAUUUCACUGUCUUUCAGAUAGUGUUGGAUUGAGAGAACGCAAUGGAUAAUGGACGACAGAGCCGUGUUUCACGGCCUCAACAGAUAAUUGAGUCAUCCAAGGUGUACCGUUGGGCAGAGCAAGCUGACUUCCUCCUGCAGGGUCUGAAUGAGCAGCGUCAGCACGGCCAGCUGUGUGACAUGGUGCUGGUGGCUGAUGAGCAGCGUAUCCCAGCCCACCGCGCCCUGCUGGCUGUCUCCAGCCCUUACUUCCAGGCCAUGUUCACCCUGGGCAUGAGGGAGGAGCGUCAGGCAGAGGUGGAGCUGGUGGGGGCUUCCUACAUCGGCCUUAAGGCUGUGGUGGACUUCCUCUACAGUGGGGAGCUGCCUCUGGAUGGAGGGAACAUUGACUAUGUUCUGGAGACAGCCCACCUGCUGCAGGUGUGGAGGGCAGUGGACUUCUGCUGCCAGUACCUAGAGAAGGAGGUGAGUGAGGAGAACUAUCUAUACCUGCAGGAGCUGGCUCUGCUCUACAGCCUGGAGAGACUAGACACCUACAUCGACCACUUCAUCCUGGAACGCUUUGCAACUCUCUCCUUCACCCCAGGCUUCUUGAGGGAUGUCCGGCUGCCCAAGCUCAGCUCCUACCUGGCCAGCGGGCAGGUCCAGCAUGAGAAUGAGCAGGCUCUGCUCCAGGCUGCUCUCCAGUGGCUGAGCCACAUGCCUGACCGCCCUGUACACGCCCGCCAGCUGCUCUCCCACAUACGCUUCCCCCUAAUUCCAGCCAGUGACCUGGUGGGGCGCGUCCUCCCGGCUGUACAGGCCCUGCUGCCCCCGGAGGCUGACUGUGAGGUGCUGGUGGAGGAGGCUCUGAACUACCACAACAGGGCCAGCGCCCAGCCCGGGCUGCAGACAGGCCGCACCAUGCUGCGAGGAGGGGAGGAGCGCCUCUUACUGGUGGGUGGGGAAGUGUCAGAGCGCGGGGAGGAGCUGACUGCAGAUGUUAGCUGGCUGGAUGGAGACUCUGGUGGAUGGAUAGUAGAGACCCAGAUCCCGGCACAGAGGAGCCACCACUGUGUCGCUGUACUGGGGGGGUUCAUCUUCACAGCUGGAGGCAGCUCAUCACGAGAUAAUGGAGGUGAUGCUGCCAGCAACCUGCUGUACCGCUACAACCCCCGCGACAACCAGUGGAUCAAGAGUGCCCCAAUGAACCAGCGGCGUGUGGAUUUCUACCUGGGAGCCGUUGGGGAGUGUCUGAUCGCUGUGGGAGGGCGUAAUGAUAACGGGGCUCUGUCGUCAGUGGAGGUGUACAGCCCUGCAGACGACUGCUGGACAUACGUAGCAGGACUGCCCAGGUUCACCUAUGGCCAUGCAGGCACAUCUGAUAAAGGAGUGGUCUAUAUCUCAGGUGGCCAUGACUACCAGAUUGGGCCGUACCGGCGAGACGUGUUGAGCUACGACCCCCGAGGAGGAGACGUCUGGGUGGAGCGCCAGGCCAUGUCAUCGGCACGGGGGUGGCACUGCAUGACGUCACUUCACCACCUCAUCUAUGCAGUCGGGGGCAGUGAUGACCACGAGGAGAGCAUUGAUCGUUUUGACAUCCUGGCUGUGGAGGCAUUUGACCCCCAGAGUGAACAGUGGACCCGUAUAGCCCCCCUCCUCCAGCCUAACAGUGAGGCGGGCUGUGGGGUCUGGGGGGGUAAGAUCUAUGUACUGGGGGGCUACAGCUGGGAGAGCAUGGUAUUCUCACAGGCCACACAGGUGUUUGACCCUGACAAGGGCCAGUGGGUGCGGGGCCCAGACCUGCCAAAACGCAUCGCAGGGGCUUCAGCCUGUGUGUGCUCAGUGAGACCCCAGCCCUGCAGCCCAGACAGGAAGAGGGCAGGACACAAGGGGAAAGGCAGGCAUCACCCCACUCACCCCAACUAAAGAGGAUACAGAGGACUGCAGGGGAGGGAAGGGGUGAAAAGAGCUGUGUAACUAACUACCAAUGGAACUGUCAGUGGAUUACAUAUAUCUCUAAAGGCACACAAUAGAGAGCAUGGUAUUCUGGUUCUGUAUCAGGUUCUGUAUCAGCUGGUUUGUGAAGGCUUCCAACAUGCCUAACACUGGGUGGAGACUGUGUGAAAAAUGUAUUUGAUUUGCUUAGUAUUACAAUUAAAGCAUAAUCUAUGUGUUUGAACCUAAA